GAUCCACCAAAAGCAGGGAAAAGCGGGAAAAGUUCAAAAGAAGGACCAGACGCACUGGAAUCAGAGCAAAUUUCCAGCAGAAAAAACAGUGUUUUGGCUGUCCAGUCUUCAACAUCUACUAAAAUAAAAGCACCACCACCCCCCCCUCAGCCCACGGCGAAGAAAGACAAACGGCAGAAUUCAUCACGGUUUAACGCCACUAAUAGAGAACUGCAAAAACUACCAUCUUUGAAAGAUGUUCCUCCUGCGGAUCAAGAAAAGCUUUUUACCCAGAAGUUACGUCAGUGUUGUGUCCUCUUUGACUUUGUUUCUGACCCACUGAGUGACCUCAAGUGGAAGGAAGUGAAACGAGCUGCUUUAAGUGAAAUGGUGGAGUACAUCACCCAUAACCGGAAUGUGAUCACAGAGCCUAUUUACCCAGAAGUAGUCCACAUGUUCGCAGUUAACAUGUUUCGGACAUUGCCGCCUUCCUCCAACCCUACGGGAGCAGAAUUUGACCCCGAGGAAGACGAACCAACGUUAGAAGCAGCCUGGCCUCAUCUGCAGCUUGUUUAUGAAUUUUUCUUAAGAUUUUUAGAGUCCCCAGAUUUCCAGCCUAACAUAGCGAAGAAAUACAUUGAUCAGAAGUUUGUGUUGCAGCUUUUAGAGCUCUUUGACAGUGAGGAUCCUCGAGAGAGAGAUUUUCUGAAAACCACCCUGCACAGAAUCUAUGGGAAGUUCCUAGGCCUGCGCGCGUACAUCAGGAAACAGAUAAAUAAUAUAUUUUAUAGGUUUAUUUAUGAAACAGAGCAUCACAAUGGCAUAGCAGAAUUACUGGAAAUAUUGGGAAGUAUAAUUAAUGGAUUUGCCUUACCGCUGAAAGAAGAGCACAAGAUUUUCUUAUUGAAGGUGUUGCUGCCUUUGCACAAGGUGAAAUCACUGAGUGUGUACCACCCCCAGCUGGCGUACUGUGUCGUGCAGUUUCUGGAGAAGGACAGCACCCUCACCGAGCCGGUGGUCAUGGCACUUCUCAAAUACUGGCCAAAGACUCACAGUCCAAAAGAAGUAAUGUUCUUAAAUGAAUUAGAAGAAAUUUUAGAUGUGAUCGAGCCAUCCGAAUUCGUGAAGAUCAUGGAGCCUCUUUUCCGGCAGUUAGCCAAGUGUGUUUCCAGCCCGCACUUCCAGGUGGCAGAGCGAGCGCUGUACUACUGGAACAACGAAUACAUUAUGAGCUUAAUCAGUGACAACGCAGCGAAGAUCCUGCCCAUCAUGUUCCCGUCCCUGUACCGCAACUCCAAGACGCAUUGGAACAAGACAAUACACGGCUUGAUAUACAACGCCCUGAAGCUCUUCAUGGAAAUGAACCAAAAACUAUUUGAUGACUGCACCCAACAGUUUAAAGCAGAGAAACUGAGAGAGAAGCUAAAAAUGAAAGAACGAGAAGAAGCAUGGGUUAAAAUAGAAAAUCUAGCCAAAGCGAAUCCCCAGUACACAGUGUAUAGUCAAGCCAGCACCGUGAGCUUGCCGGUGGCAAUGGAGACAGAGGGGCCUCUGUUUGAAGAUGUGCAGAUGCUGAGAAAGACAGUGAGCGUCGAGGCUGCUCAGGCACAGAAAGAUCCGAAGAAGGACCGUCCUCUUGCGCGCCGCAAGUCCGAGCUGCCUCAGGACCCCCACACCAAGAAAGCCUUGGAAGCUCACUGCAGAGCCGACGAGCUGGCCUCGCAGGAUGGGCGCUAGCCUCGGAGCGCGGGGCCGGGCCUGCCAGCGCUCUCCUGGUUCUGUAGAAAGUCCAUACUGUGUGUGCCAUACCAUCCGUUACACUCAGAGUCCAGCCUUCCUCCAGCCCGUUCUGUAGGCAAUAACGUGUGUCCGUCUCAGCUCAGAUUAGGAGUUCAAACAAUGGUGGCUUCUCACCGUGCCCUCCCCUCCUCAGCACAGCCCGAGUAAGACAGCGUCGCAGAGUCAGAGCUCUGGAAAGCACCCGUCAUCACCUUCAUGUUCUACCCAAACGGAAGUUGUGAUCCUUUAAAAUAGGUGAUUCUAGGAUAAUAUCAAUGUUUUUCAAAUCAGAGGAACAGUUUUAAAAAGUAUUGCCUAUUUUUUAAGACUUUACAACCUUUGAAAUUGUUUCCACAUGAUUGUUACGCCUGCUUUUUAAUCUCACAGAGAUGGGUCUUUGCUUUCACACUGUCACAGCCUUCUGGGGAAGUGACGUGACAAUCAGCAACCGCUGUACCCUCGAGGAGUCCUUUACUGUGAUUGGUGGUGUGUGUGCCAUGUCCUGCUUCUCUUGCGUCUACCGAAAGCCAUAUUUCCAGGUCUGCGGUACAGCACCAGGAUUCCAAGAGUAAGCUCCGAGAAGGGAGUUAUUUUAAAAAGCUUUCUCUGUCUACCUUGACUGGAAUUGGAGUUGUAAAAUUAUGUUUCAUAUUUUUAUUCGAGAAUCAACUUUCACCUACUUACGCUGUUGCCCUGCAACAAGACUCCUAAAUUAAGAGAAUUAGAGUCUGAGAAUUCCACACCUUGUAGGGUUAGGGCAAGAGCACUGUGCGCUAAGCCGGUUCUUGGCCUAACGCAGACCGCAGAUGCUGGGGCGUAAGGUAGCAGAGACAGCCGUGCAGGCCCUGGGCCGGGCGCUGGGCGCCGACCGAGGAAGCUGGGGGGUGCGGCGCGGGAUUCUGGGGGCGAGCGCACAGUGCCCACCUCGUAAGGAGAGCAGUGUCUGAGUUUCAUCGGUCUUCAAAUGCUGCUAUAUAUCUCACAGACUUCUUGCAUGGAUUAAGCUUUCGUUUUAGGUGGAGUAGCACGAGGGGAAAACCCUUUACACUUAGUGCUUUGUCUACUCUUUGUUUCUCUCAGGGUGGCCAGUAUUUUGACUUAUUUAUCCUGCUCGAAAGCUACUUGAGAUGUGUACUGCUCUUCUAAACAGUGACUAGUUUCUUUCGUCUCUGGCAUAUAUAUAACUUAGUGUUAAAUGUCUUGAUGCAUAAGAGAUAAAGCGUGGCUUCCUCUAGAGUCUGUUUUUAUUCGUGGUCUCGGUAUCCAUGAAAAGAUUGUGAAAAUCAGACAUUGCUCCUUGUGCAGCCGCAGCGCCUGCCGCCGGGGCUCCCGCACGUGCACUGGCGACGACAACGCGCUUGUUUCCUCGUGCCUUGGAGGAAACUCACCCGGGGGAGGGGAUGCCCGUGGCGAGAGCAAGAGCAGGCACUCAGUGAAAGCAUUGCCCAGCGGAAGUGGACCGGUCAGUCCACUGGUGAGAAGGACACUUCCUGAGAAACUUGACAAGUAGCUCUCCGUUUUACCAUUAUGAAAUCUAUGAUUUAAAAAAUGUCUAGAUGCCUUCUCCUUUUGAGGGAAAAAGGGUGCUUUUUAUUGUACAAAGCAGCGUCUUCUGUAUUUUGAUAUACCAUUGUUUGAACUUCCGUCUUAGCUGGUAGGGUCUCCGAUACCCCUGACCCGGCUGUCCGGUGUGUCGGGGAGGGGGCUUUCUGGGAAGACCCCUUCCGCCCUCGGAAGAGCGAGCUGGCCGUGUCUGGGCAACUGUGUAACGCUCCACCUGUGAGAACAUCUUUCGGUCUAGGUUUUAUUUCCGCUCUUUAUUGAAGACAAACAUUCACCAAUAAGGGAAAAGGAGAAACAGUUUUGAAAGAAACUAAUUUUCUUUGACAAGAGUAUUACUUACUAUUUUGGCCUAUUAGAGUUUCCUUAGGACUCGGAUUCCUGUGCUGGUUGUUCGACUUCCGUAUUAUCAUAGAGAGACACUGUUUACUCUGUACCAAGCUGAUCCCAACAGCACUGCAUUGAAAUAAACCGGUGACUGUUUUUCUUCGUAAAGUCCUGCGUGGCAUCUUCACUCUUUCCAAAUGCAUCUGUACACCAGAAAUGUCACAGUUCCCAGUGUCUUUUUAGUGUGGCUUUAGUAUGGCUUCCUUUUAAUAUUGUACAUACAUUGUAUCUUUGUUUUAUGGUAAUAAGUAAUAAAAAUGUAGACUUCAUAUUUUGUACAAAAUGUCCUAUGUACAGAAUAAAAAAGUUCAUAGAAACAGCAAAAAUA